AUGGAACCCCCGUAUCGGCCCAGCUCCUACUCUCUGAGCAUCCUCCUCCUCCUCCUCUCCGCGCUGCUCCUGACCGGGCGCGUCGUCUACGCCCUCUUCCUCUCGCCCUACGCGCACAUCCCCGGCCCACGGCUGUGCAAGGUGACGCGGCUCUGGGUCGACCUGCACGACGUGUUCCUGCGGCGCAACCAGCAAAUCUACCAGUGGCACGGGCAGUACGGCGCCGUCGUGCUCGUCGCGCCGGGCGAGGUGUCCGUGUCGAGCGCGGCGUCGACGCGGCUCAUCUACCGCGCCGGCACGCGGCACCCCAAGAGCGCCUUCUUCAACAACUUCACCCUGUACGGCGAGCGCACCGUCUUCACCGCGCUCGGCUGCAUGGAGCACCGCGCCGCGCGCAAGACGACGUUUGCCUUUUACCAGCCCGCCACCGUGUACGGCGACGCCGUCAUGGGCCCGCUGCGUCGCCGCGCCCGGCGCUUCGUCGACGAGCUGGGCGGCAGCGCGCACGCCACCGUCGCCGCCGACAUGUUGCGCCUCGCAAAUGUGUACGCCUUUGACAACAUCGCCGCCCUCGUGUAUGGCCCCCGCCACACGUCCCGCUCGCUCGCCUCGGCCCGCGAGAAGCAGACCAUCCUCGAGGACUGGGCCGAGUGCGAGGUCUGGAACAACCUGCGGUACGCGUGUCCCCUCGCUCACCGGCUCGUCAAGUUUGCCGUCACGCGCCUCGUGAACCCCCGGUUCCUGCACGCCGAGGAGCGCCUGUCGGCGUGGAACAUGGAGCGGCUGGACGCGGCCGUCCAGGGCAUUGACGGAGCGGCGACGACCGGCGAGCCGCCAUCGCUCGUCGGCCGGCUCGUCGGGGACCACAAGACGACGGGCGGCGCCGACGCGUCGCCCCGCAGGACGCUCCUCGCCGCAGAGUGCCUCGACAACAUCCACGCCGCGCAGACGACCGUGUCCCUGGCGCUGACCUACGCCGUCUGGCUGCUGGCCGUGCACCGCAGCUGGCAGCGCGAGGUGCGCGCCGAGCUGCAGCGCCUGCCGCUCGAGGACGACGGGCUGCCGUCGCUCGACGCCGUCCGGAACGCGCCGGUGCUCGAGGCCUGCCUGCGCGAGUCGCUCCGGACGAAGCCGCUGUCCAGCGGGCGCGCCGAGAGGAUCGUGCCCGAGACGCACCUGUACGACCACGUCAUGAUUCCCGCCGGGACCAUCAUUUCGACAUCCACCAUGGCCCUCCAGCACAACCCGGCCGUGUUCCAGAACCCGCACAUCUACGACCCGGGCCGCUGGCUGCGCGCCGACGAGGACGAGCUGCGCGCCAUGGAGAACUGCUACAUCCCGUUUGGCUACGGCGCGCGCGUGUGCCUGGGAAAGGCGUUUGCGCUGGCCGAGAUCAAGGUGCUGCUGGCCUGCCUGCUGCUGCAUUUUGACGUGUACGAGAAUGAGCAGUCGGGUACCAAUGCGUCGACCAUGAGCCAGCUGGGGACGGAAAAUGCACUGCCGCGCGGACUGCGAUGCGAUGUGCUCUUUCGCAGACUGCAAAAGGCGUGA